CAGAGAGCGGACAAGCCGUGCGGCAGCGCGAUGAGCGCUAAACCAGGUCGUCGGCAUCACUCUCGACUCCCCGAUAGCGGCGCUCGCUCGCCUGUCCGCUCGCAGGAGGAGGCGCGGUGGCGCGUGUCCGGAUAGCGCCAGUCUAACGUCGACCGUUAACCCUUCCGGAAGGGUGUGCGCGAGCGCUCCGUCUCGAUCUACGUCGGUGUUGUUUUCGCUCACUCCGACGACGACGUUUCGCGUUACGUACUUCCUGCCACCCAUCUUCAUCCCCGUGUCCGGUAUCCGCCUCGAACAAGAGGGGACGACGUUUUUCGGGUCCGAGAGCCAGGGAAUCCUCUCUCCGUUCUCGGGGAGAGCAGUGUGUGACGUCACGUCAGUUUGACAGUUCGCCCCGUCUCUCUUCCCACGCCGGGAUGAACGGAGACGCGAGGAACCAGCGAGCGAACGUCGACGAAGCCGACGCGGCCUCGCUCGGCGCCGACAUCCUCAACCCCUUCGUGCAUCGGCUCGAACUUGGCUCGACCUACGACAAGCUCAAGACGAUAUUCCUGACAAUCGCCCUCUUGCCGCUCAGGCUAGCCGUCAUCACGACCCUGAUGAUCUUCGCGUGGCUGUUGGCUUGUCUAGGUCUGCAUGGAUUGUCCGAGGAAGAUCUUCGCCGAGCUCCUCUCACGGGUUGGAGGCGAGACAUGCGCAUCGUGAUCUGCUGGAUGAUGCGGGCGUUAUUUCUCUGCGGUGGAUUUCAUCAUCUGAAGGUCAAGGGCCGGAAGGCGGCGACUAAGGACGCGCCGGUACUGGCUCUCGCCCCGCAUUCCAGCUUCUUCGAUGCACUUCCGGUUGUGUACCUCGGCGGCCCGAGCAUCGUUGCCAAAGGGGAGAGUAGCCGCCUCCCUUUCUUCGGAAAACUCAUCAACUAUACGCAGCCAGUCUACGUAUGGAGGGAAGAUCCAAAUUCUCGUCAGAAUACUAUAAAGGAAAUCAUUGAGAGGACCACUUCCAAGGAGGAUUGGCCACAGGUUAUGAUAUUUCCCGAGGGAACCUGCACAAACCGGUCAUGCCUGAUUACCUUCAAAUCGGGCGCCUUCUAUCCCGGGGUACCAGUGCAACCAGUGUGCAUCAGAUAUCCUAACAAAUUGGACACGGUCACGUGGACGUGGGAAGGUCCUGGAGCAUUGAAAUUGCUGUGGUUGACGUUAACGCAGUUAAACAGCAGUUGCGAGAUCGAGUUCCUGCCGGUCUACAAUCCGAGCGAAGCGGAGAAACUGGAUCCCAAACUCUACGCGAACAAUGUGCGACGUCUUAUGGCAGAAGCGUUGAAGAUUCCCGUUUCGGAUUACACUUACGAUGACUGCCGGAUUAUUCGAAAGGCCCAUCAAUUGCAUCUACCUCACGCAUCUAGUAUCGUAAAAACCCAUAAACUUCGAUACAAAUUGGGUUUAGUGGCAUCAAAGACGGAAGAAGAGCUCGUUCAGAAGAAGACAAAUAAUUUCGGCGAGGUGAAUCUGCAAGAAUUUGCGCAGAUUCUUAGACUAGACGAAAGGGAUCCAACCACUCAGCAACUGUUUCGUAUUCAUGACAGGCUCGGGCAGGGGAAGAUUGAUCUUGAGGAAUACAUCUUCACUGUGCUGGCAACGGCGAACGCAUCCUCGGAACUAGACAAGGUCGAAAUUGCGUUCGAUGUAUGCGGCUCGAAGAUGACGAUGUGUUUGACCCAGUCGGAACUCAGGAAAGCCUUGAGGUUAUCGUUACGGAUGCCAGCGGAGGAGUCCAACAGGAUUUUUCAGCAGGCCAGAAAGCAAAACGUUCACACAGUGAGCUUCGAGGACGUGCUGAUACAAUUAUCGACCCGGACAGAGUAUUCGCACUUGUUCAUCUCGAAUAACGAAAGUUCGAAGAAGGCCAUUUGAAAGUGUCUUUUGGAGCCCGAUGUUCCCUCCGAGGAUCAUCGAGGCGGACCUUUUCACAAUCCCAUCUGCUCCACUCCCGUAUGAGAAACAACGUAAAUUUAAGAUACUUCGACGAUUCUAAAGUGAAGCUGUAUUGUCGUCUACGGAAGUCGAUUUAGACAGUUUUAGCGUCUUUCCUAUAAUCCUGUAAAUUAGAGGAAGUAAAAGAAGUUAGUAAUAGGGAGAGAUUUAGAGUUCUAAGAUUCGAGAAUUCUAAAUAAUUUUAAAGAUUUGAUAAUUCAGGAAUAUUUAUUUUAAAAAAGUCCUAGAGAAUCCGAGGAUGUGAAAAUCCAAAGAUGUGAUCCUAAAUUUCGAAGAUUGCAAGAUUUAAGGAUUCUACGAUCUAGAGACCGAAGAUACCAAAUCUUAAGGAUCGUUGAGAAUUUAAAAGUCUAAGAAUCUGAGAAAACAAAACCAUCUUAUUAUUCAUAUAUAUAUAUAUAUUGGAAGAUUAAGAUUUGAAUUCUCAAAGUCUUAGUAUAUAAAAAUUCGAGGAUCUUAUAUUAUUUCGAAAUUAGGAUCUAAGGAAAUCCGAACAAAGAAAGGUUUCAGCAGAAUCUUCUUGCUGCAAUAGUACACGUUAUUAAUUAAAACGAUCCGGUUACGGAAGCUUCUUCCUAGCUUGAAAAGGUUUCGAGUGCGUUUAUGACGUAGGCUGCGAAUGUGCAUUUAACUAAGAAACAAGGAAGGAGAUGGAGUAAUUUAUUUUUCGGCCCGGUGGGUUCUGUGUAGCGAUGAUGUUUGAUACAGACAUGCACACACGAACAUAUACAUAUAUACAUAUAUGCUAAGUUAUGUACAUAUUUAUUGCAUACCGUUGUAAAGUGGCACUUGUAUAUGUAGGCAAACAAUACACACAUACAUAAUAUAUACCACAUAUAUAACACAGACACAGCCGUGUGUGGUGGGUGAGAUUGUGCGAAUCGAUCGUGAAUAACUGUCUAUAUGUAUGCGCACGCAAGUGCAUUUCAUGUGUGUACGUAUGUACAUGUAUAUGUAUAUAGAAAGAAAGGAGAGACACGUGUGGGUGUGUAUGUACACCCGCUUUGUAAUAUCUGUAUAUGAACGAAAUAAUGGCCAAAGUGUGUUUAAGAGCGCGCAUAUUGUUAGUGGUCAUUUUGAGUUGAAGAUAUGUUGAGUUAUAGAAUGUUUUAUUAUAAACCAAUAUGUUGAAAAUAACAGUAUUUAUUGAACAGAAAAAA